GGCAAAGUGAUCGGUAAUUCAUGGUACGUUGAAACCGGCCGUGGUCCCAAGACCAACAAACGUAAUGCUAUAGCAACCUUCUCAUAGCAACGUUCUCUGUGUUUCGGUCGUAAGAUUUGUUUGGUUUCCGCACCAAUUGGGGAGACUUUUAACUAUGGAAAAAGAAGAUAUUUGUGAUCCUUCAUUGGAGAAAUGUUCAGCAAUAUACGAGAAUAUAUUAGAAUUUCAGUAUUCAUUUGGAUACAAUACUCAAAAAUAUUUCAAUAUGUGUGUUGCCGAUAAAUGUACUAUUAUAUUUGGAUCGGGAAACUUAAUACACAUUUAUAAUAUUGAAAAAGGAGAACGUAGAUUCCAUCGCACAUUGACAGGAGGAGGGAUUGGCCACAUAACAAAAAACCCAUUGUUUGAGCACAUAGCAGUUGCUGAUAAUGGAUAUGAACCAAUGGUUGUUAUAUACAACUGGCCUUCCAUGGAUGUUAUCUCAGUUUUAAGAGGUGGAACGACGAAGUCAUAUUCAUUUAUGAGCUACAGCCCAGAUGGCGAAAUGCUUUGUGUACAAGGUGGUGACCCAGACUUUUUACUUACGAUUUGGGACUGGAGAAAUGCAGUUAUAUUACGCCAACAGAGGUCUCAUGUUAAUGAUGUUUACAAUAUCGUAUUUUCUCCAUACUCACCACAAAUGAUGUGCACUGGAGGUUGGAAGCAUAUCAACUUCUGGAAAAUAGCCAAGACUUUUUCAGGGCUCAAACUAAUGAAAAAACCAGGAAGAUUUGGCAAAAGAGAAGCCUCUAAUGUCAUAGGGAUUCUUCCACUGCCUGAUGGACAGGUAAUUUCUGGUUGUGAAUGGGGUAACAUGUUACUGUGGAAUGAUGGAGUAAUUAAAAUGGAAUUGUGUGGCCUAAAUGGCCAGCCUUGUCAUGAGGCACCUAUCUCCCAGUUACUGCUUGAGGGAAAGGAACUUUUCAGUGUUGGUAGAGAUGGAAUGAUCAAUACAUGGUAUUUUGAGGAAAUUGAGAAUGCAGACCCACAGGAAGAAAACAAGUUAGAAAUGAGACCUUAUCGAAGUUUUAGGAUAGGAUCAGAAAUUAAUAAAUCUUCUUUAGUAGCAAUUGCAAAACAGCAUCAGCAUGAUUCUGAUGACAAUAACUGGUUUGCUCAAGAUGCAAAUGGUAGAUUAUGGAAAGUCAACUUGAGCCAAGUCAAUGAUUUACCAGCUGAGGAGAUAUUACUUGCCCAUGCAGGAGUAGUUGUUGCUAUAGCUGCUUCUCCGCACCAUUCUCUUCUUGCUUCACUUGACCACAGUGGUCGACUGUUAGUACAUGAUUACUCUAAAAAGAAUCUCGUCGCCCAUGCAGAGUUUUCUUCUAAUGGAAGCAGUAUCAAUUGGCUACCAUUGUCUUCCUUGUAG